UUUUCUCCAUGCCGGAUGGAAUAAGAAUGGAAAAGCCAUGUGCUAGGAUAAUAUGCUUUCAUACUUGUAAACACUGUUCUAUUGUGGGGUAAAGGACAUGUAAAAACUUUGUUUUGUCAGCGACUACAAAAGGUAGAAUACACAACUGCACACGUGUCAAAGGCCUUGCGGUGCUUACGUGAGUGUAAACGGGAUAGAUAGACUACUAGAAAGGUGGAAACUGUCGAAACAGGCAGUAUUCGCGACAAUCGUGGGAAUUUCUUAGCACGACUUUCGACGAGCCAUUCGAAAAGUGCUAUUUUAUGUGAACAGACGUUAAAAAUUUUACGUUCUUUGAUGUUGCAUUUCUUAGUAAAAUUAAGUAUUUACUUAGGUUGCAUGAAUUUGUGACUAUUUAUAGCAUCAGUUAAAGAAUAUUACACGUGCCGCAAGAAUAGUGAUACUUCAACCACAUAAGUUUUCCUUGCAAUCUAGUAUUUUGUGCACUCGUGACGAUCCGGUCUUGCCCCUCCACCGCCGUAUGUUUUGCGUUAUACCUUUCGUCUUGCUACAUACAUAUCUAACAUUGACGCCGCUAUUUUAUUGAACUUAUUUACAUAUUCAAAUCAUUGCUGUUGUAAAAAGACCUAUUUCAAAGUUUUGGACUAUUCUUAUUUUGUUAGUUCUGUGAGCAGACAACGGCCUCAAACUGGCGGAAAAGAAGGUCGCUUUGACAUUAUGCCAGACUUCUGUGCUAAAAGUUUACUAUGCUGUUAUCGAAGAUGUAAUUGCGAAUGUGCGCGACGCCUUUCUGGAUGAGGGUGUCGACGAACAGGUUUUACAAGAGAUGAAACAAAAUUGGCGGGCAAAACUAAUGGCAAGCAAAGCUGUGGAAAUAAAUCCGGAACCUCCAGAGCCACAACCGCCACCAAUUGUAGCCAAUAAUCCGAAGCCAUCAAAGGCUGCCACCGCCAAAGCUAAGAAAGCAGCAGCGGCUGCCGCUGCAGCUGCAGCUCAACAAAACAGCAGUAAUAAUGCAACCAACGAUAUAAAACCAAGCAUUGCACAGCUACAGUCGAACGUGGUAAAUGGAGCUGGUACUAUCGGUGGUCCGACCACAUCAGCUGCAGCCAACAACUCGGCCGCAAUGAAUGGAGGUCUUAAACAGGAGUUGGGAAAGUCAGUGUCGACACUAAGCGGCGGAUUGGGCAACAGCUUACAGAAAUCGAAUGUGAUUGGCAGCGCGCAAACAGGUGCAGCACCAGUAGCUUCUUCAUCAGGAAUAGGCGGUGGUGUAGGUGGGUCACAGCCACAAUCAACAAAUUCAACCAUACCGAUUGUAGCCACACUUGAUCCGAAUCGCAUUAUGCCUGUAAACAUAACAUUACCCGCUCAAACUGGCUCCAUGAACACAGAAUCUCGCGUGCUCACCAUACAUGUUCCAGCAUCGGCGCUUCAAGAUAAUCAGCUAACACAAAUUUUGACCGCGCAUUUAAUUUCGUCUAUAAUGUCGUUGCCAACAACGCUGGCCUCCUCAGUGUUGCAGCAGCACGUGAAUGCGGCGCUCAUUAAUAGCAACAUGCAGAAAAGUUUCAAUGCUUCAAAGCAACUUGAUGGCGCUGUAGACACUUCAGACGAAGACGAAAGUGAAGAAAGCGAUGAUAACAUGGACAAUGAUGAUGACGAUGAUUUAGAUAAAGACGAUGACGAAGACGCGGAAAACGACGGUGGCGCCGAAGAAGAACCGCUCAACAGUGAUGAUGAUGUGACGGACGAGGAUGCCAGCGAUGUAUUCGAAACGGAUAACGUUAUUGUUUGUCAGUACGAUAAGAUCACACGUUCACGUAACAAAUGGAAGUUUUACCUCAAGGAUGGUAUUAUGAAUAUAGGUGGGAAAGAUUAUGUAUUCCAAAAGUCCAAUGGAGACGCGGAGUGGUAAAAACCAUUACCACAA